GGUCUAAACUGCAUAAUAAGUAAAAUAUAACAGUUGAACUGGUCAAAAUUUUAGUAUGGGCGAAUGGGGACAAAUCAUAUUUUGACUUUGUCUUGUAUCACCUACGGGCAUUUCCCUGCUACGAGGAGUUACAAAAAAUAUGCUUCACGUAAUUGAAGAAUAAAAUAUGAAAGUCAACGAAAAUGUUGCGUUAGUGGGCGACGAAGUUGUAUUGGUACCUUAUAAGAAGCACCAUGUAUUGAAAUAUCACGAAUGGAUGAAGUCGCCUACACUGCAACAAUUAACUGCUUCUGAACCUUUGACUUUAGAUGAGGAAUACGAAAUGCAAGAAUCGUGGUCUAAAGAUGAAAACAAACUAACGUUUAUUAUUCUGUGUCUUUCAAAAUGGAGAGAAUUCUGUAAAUCGCGAAUUCAAAAGCCAACCCAAGAAACUUUAAGCGAACAAGAUGAUGUUGGAGCCAUGGUGGGCGAUAUUAAUGUCUAUAUGCACGAACAGGAUGCUGAAAUAUCAGUGAUGGUUGCAGAGACCAAAUAUCAAAAGCUCGGCUUUGGGACGGAGGCGUGCCAUCUUAUGAUGCAAUAUGUUAUUUCUGUGUUGAAUGUGGAAAAAUUCGUUGCAAAAAUUGACACAGAAAAUAUCCCGAGUUUGAAAUUAUUUCAAGACAAACUAUGUUUUAAAGUGACAACUGAGUGUAAUGUGUUUGGGGAAGUUACGCUACAGCUUCACAAUCAACAACAGAAUUAUAAAGAAAAACUAAACCUGCAAAAUUAUGACCAGUUUUUGCUUGGUACCUGCACUUAAUAUUAUAUAUUGUGAGAAAAAAAGUUUUAUUUCUUGUUUGAACCCCAGUCAUAAUGUAGGUAAACUAGUUUAUAUGCAUUCUUGUCCAAUAGAAGUGCUAAAUCUUGUUUCUUCAAUCCAUUUGGCAUGUGUUCUUUUACCCAUAGUAAGACCUGAAGUACAACUUUAUUAUUGCGUAUAUGAUGUAACAAAUAUAUGUAAAUUAUGUUACUUGCUUGCGUAUAUGAUGUAACGAAUACAUAAAUGAUAUUACUUUCUUGCGUAUAUGAUGUAACGAAUACACAUAAAUGAUAUUA